UAUAAUUCGUGACAUACUACUUCGAAGCUAUCUAGAACCUCUAGGUGCACACGACUUGCUCUGGAUUUUCGUUCAGCCACAGACAAUAUAUUUUAGCCCAAAAAACCAGCUAUCGCACUCUAUAAGCUUCACACAAUUGAUACCCCCUCAUGUUCCCUUGGACCUUCGUUCAUUGACCAGCGUAGCUCAAGAUACCCCAAUCACCAACUCAUCUCAUCAUCCAGCAUAGUACAUACAUACCCACGACUUCCGAUAGCUUCCGACUCUACAAUGUCUGAUCAAACAAUCAACCUACCACAGCUCCUGAUCGUAAUCCUGGUCGGGGCAUUCGCCGUACGUUAUCUAUUUUUCUCCGGCUCCAAUACCGCAUCCCCGGGCUCCAAUCGCAAUAGCGCAAAUAAUGUGCGAGCGCGAGAGGCAGAUGUAGAACGUAUACAGCAGAUGUUUCCGCAGGUGUCGAGGAGGAAUAUUAUGUGGGAUUUACAGCGGAAUGGAGGAAAUGUGGUGGCUACCACGGAGCGGAUAUUGAGUGGUAGAGGCUUAGAAACUGUGAGUAUUACCAUGUCUUUUUCAUUUUAUGAUGUUGCGGAAUAAACCCUAUGUCUAUUUAUGCUCUUCCCUCAAAGCCAUCUGAUAUACAUCCGCUAACACAAACUAUCAAGCCUCCCCAAUCGUUCCAACCGCCGCUCCCAUCUACCCCAGUCGCCUCCUCAACUUCAGUCCAACCUUCCAAACCUAGCCAACCAGAUUUAAUAACGCGAUAUAAUCUGAAAGCGAAGCUUGCGGAGGAACAAGCGGAAAAACGAGAAGCCGAGGAACGGGAAUCGGAACAAAAGCAGGGAGGAGGACAGGCUUGGAGUUCCAACAAAAAUGAAAGACAGGCGCUUUUGCAGAGGAGGAGAGAGGAGAUGAUCCUGGCAGCGAGGAGGAAAAUGGAGGCGAAAGUUGCGAAGGAGGUUGAGCAGGGCGGGAGUGGGUAGAUGGGUAUGAGUUUGGGGAGAUUUGAAAGGACGUUAGGAGGAGAGAGAGGAGACGUGCAGGGGUAUGUAAAACUUCUGUAUAGCUUGUCUAUAAUGAUUCUGAUACGGGUAUAUUCAUACAUAGUUUAAACUGUAGUAGAUAUUUACCAUUUCAAACGUGGCCAGCGCCGGGCAACUCAUAAAUGCUUCAUCGACGUUUCUUUAUCCCUAGUUUUUUAUUAUUUUGAGAGGUUUACCUGAAU